GGGCACCCGUAGUUGGGAACCGUGGAACACUGGUCCCGGGGAAAGAGGGAGGUGCCCGGGCUCGGAGGCUCCGGUGGCCCUCGCGGAGGGCCGGGCCUUUAGUGGCUCCGCGUGAGGAACGCGGUCCUGAGCCGGACCCAGGGGCGACGCGCGGAGCGGCUGGUUCAGUCAUGGCAGACUACUGGAAGUCACAACCGAAGAAAUUCUGUGAUUACUGCAAGUGCUGGAUAGCGGAUAAUAGGCCUAGUGUUGAAUUUCAUGAAAGAGGAAAGAAUCAUAAGGAAAAUGUGGCAAAGAGGAUCAGUGAGAUUAAACAGAAAAGCCUGGAUAAGGCAAAGGAAGAAGAAAAGGCAUCAAAGGAGUUUGCUGCAAUGGAGGCAGCUGCCCUGAAAGCAUACCAAGAGGAUUUGAAAAGGCUUGGCUUAGAGUCAGAAAUUUCAGAGCCAAGCGUAUCACCAGUAACUAGCACUAUCCCACCCCCCUCUGCAUCAAAUCAGCAGAAAGAAAAGAAGAAAAGGAAAAAAGACCCUUCAAAGGGCAGAUGGGUAGAAGGCAUAACCUCUGAGGGUUACCAUUACUAUUAUGAUCUUAUCACAGGAGCAUCUCAGUGGGAGAAACCUGAAGGAUUUCAAGGAAACUUAAAAAAGACAGCAGUGAAGACUGUUUGGGUAGAAGGUUUAAGCGAAGAUGGUUAUACCUAUUAUUACAAUACAGAAACAGGAGAAUCCAGAUGGGAAAAACCUGAUGAUUUCAUUCCACACUCUGGCGAUCUGCUUUCUAGUAAGGUCAAUGAAAAGUCACUUGGCACCCUAGAAGAGUCCAAAUCAUCAGACUCACAUAGUGAUUCUGAUGAGGAACAGGAAGCAGAAAAAGAAGAGGUCUCUACAGAAACACAAAAGCCAAAAAUAAAGUUUAAGGAAAAAAAUAAAAACAAUGAUAAGGAAAUUGAACCAGAAACACAGAAAGAAAAAAAUGCCCUAGAGCAGAAUUCAUCAGGUCCAAGUGCAGAAAAAUCCAAAGCUCAUAAAAAAUCGAAUCCAUAUGGAGAAUGGCAAGAAAUUAAACAAGAAGUUGAGUCUCAUGAGGAGGUAGAUUUGGAACUUCCAAGCACUGAAAAUGAAUAUGUAUCAACUUCAGAAGCUGAUGUUGGUGGGGAACCCAAAGUGGUAUUUAAAGAAAAAACAGUCACUUCUCUUGGAGUCGUGGCAGAUGGAGUGGCCCCAGUCUUCAAAAAGAGAAGAAUUGAAAAUGGAAAAUCUAGAAAUUUAAGGCAACGAGGUGAUGAUCAAUAAUUGUAAAAGAGCUUUUUGUACGUGCUUUUUGGGCAGAAUGGAGACUAUCCAACCUAAAGCUCCUCCGUGGUUGUUUCUAAGUACUUGGAUGCUAAAAAUUUAGAUUUAUUCUAAAUGUAUUUUAUGUGAAUUUAAAAUAAAUCUUUUUUCAUGUGAAAUUUAUUUUUGUUCCUAAAAUGGAAGCCUUACCACAUUGCAUUGUAAUACAGUGUGUUGUGUUCAGUGUCUAAAAAUUGCUAAUUAUGUCAUAAUAUAAGAUGCUAUGUAUCUGUUAUUUAAAAUAUGGAAAAGCAAGGCCUUUAUUCCAUUCUUAUUCAUAUAAACAUACUUACCCUGCACUGAAAAUGCAGUACUUUUUCACACUGAUAUUAACUGUUAUCCAAGAAAUAAGAAUCAGACCAGAUAAAAGAAGAUUCACAUAGUGAUGAUUCAGUUGUGAGGAUCCUGUCAGAAGGCUGAUGUAGAAAGUGUAUGUGUAUUGGCUUACCUUACACAAUUUAAGGUCUAGGGCCAAGAACCAGGACUGCAGCUCAGGUACUUCAAACGUAGUGCUUAACAUGGAGUGAAAAUUGGACCAGACGGAGAAAUGUGUAUUUGCCCAGUUCAGUUCAAAGCAACAACCAUUUCUUUCUUUCUUUUUUUUUUUUUUUGUUUUGUUUGUGUGUUUAUGUGAGGAAGAUUAGCCCUGAGCUAACAACCAUUGCCAGUCCUCCUCUUUUUGCUGAGGAAGACUGGCCCUGGGCUAACAUCCGUGCCCAUCUUCCUCCACUUUAUAUGGGACGCCGCCACAGCAUGGCUUGCCAAGCGGUGCGUUGGUGCGCGUCCGGGAUCCGAAACCUGGGCCACCGCGCCAGAGCGCACACACUUAACCGCUGUGCCCCAGGCCAGCCCAGCGACAAGCAUUUCUUAAACACUAUUACGUUGAGUUAGGCAUUAUGCUACUAACGGGGGAUAUAAAGAUGAAUAAGACAUAUCCCUCGUCUUCAUGACUUCUCAUUCUAGCAUAGUCCUUUUUCCCCCAGUCAUGCACUCUGGUUAGCAGCCUUGUAUGUACUAGAAAAUAAUUUUUAAGGUUUAUUUAAAGCUAUGUAGAUGAAUGCUUGAACAAAAAUAGUAAGGUCUUUGGCUUCAGUAAAAAUUGUUAGUAUUCCCUUAGACAAAUUGGAAAUUUCCCAUUUUCUGGUUAAAUUUAUUAAAAAGGGGAAUUUUCUUGAAUCAAUUUGAAGUAGGUAUCUUCCCAUUAUUACUUCAAAUUCUUAAAAUUAUAUUUUUUAUGAAUCGUACAGUAUUUAACAUUUGGUAGUAAAUAUUUGUCUUUUUAAGGUUACUACUGUGCAUGUAAGAAAAUGGUAGCUUAUUAAAAACUUUAUGGAAGUAAAUAAUGGGGUUAUUUUCUUCUAAUACUGAUCAGAGUCAACUUAGUAUUGGUGAGAUAGUAUUUGGAGAUUUGUCUUUAUAUUUGUUCAGUCUACUUAUUUGGGUAUUUCAUGAAUGUAUAGCAUUAUGAAGAAGUAUUUUAGAUUCUUGAUAGUCUGUCCUCUAGCUAAGCAGUGCAUUUUGGUGCUUAAUUCUCCUCAAUUGGAAAAGAUAAUAAGACUAUAAAUGGAAUGCUGUUGUGUUUUACCCACAUUUAGCUUGUACAAAAUAUGUAAUUGACAUUUUUAAAACCACACCUCAUUAUGUCAAGUGUUUCUCUGAUGCAUUCUUUAAAGUAUCCCCUUUACCUUUGUAAUAAGACAGUAUUCUCAGAAGUUUGAAGGUAAAUCUUGAAGUGAAAGUGGUUUUAAGGAUUGCUCAGAAAAGACUCUUGUCAAACACAAAAAUUUUAGUAUAUCAAAUCGUGAAAUAUAUUACUUUCCUCUUUGAAAGAUUAAGUAGAGAACAUACCAGCUUUAACUUAACUGGAUUUUUUCUGAAUUUCAAUAUUUGAUAUGAUCACUUCUGCCAUUGCCUAUUAUAUUAUUUUGUAUAUAUUUUUAUAUAUGUGUAGGUAUGAGUUUAUAAAAGUAAUAUAUUUUUAUUAUAAAUUAAAAGCCCAAAAAAUAGAGAAAUAAGUAAAAAAAAAAAAAGUCUCAAUAAUCUCUGACUCCUCCCCCACGACCACUGUGGAGUUUUUUUCCCCUAAGCAUGUUAACACUGGGUGUAUGUGAGUAACCCUUAUGACACCUGGCUCCUUCAUGUCCACUCGCUGGGUGAAAUUGUAGUCAAAGAAGCAUGAUCCAAACAGCCAAAAGUAGUUGUUUUUUAAUGCAGUUUUUAUAAAUUCUGAAAACUACUGGGGGAAACAACCGUACCAGAUUUUUAAGUAUUGGAAAACUAUAAUAAUUAAAAUAGUAUGGUACUUGCUCACAGAUAAGCACAUCAUAUAUAAACUAGAGUUUGUUUCUGGUUGUCUGUUGUACUAGUACCGCAGAGAUCCUCAUAUCUUUGUUUCAAAAUGUUCAUAUUUAUUCAUUAUUUCAAGUAACAUUUUGUCAAGUUGCCACCUCUGCUUUCCCCCCAAAAAAACUUUGUGAUUUCGUACCACACCUACCAAGUUGGUAAUAAUUGCCAUCUUCCUAACAUUGAUUCUUCUCAUCUAUCAACAUUGUCUUUUCAUUUACUCAGUUCUUUUAUGUCGCUUUAAAGUUUUGUAGUUUUCUCCUUAUGGGUCCUACAUAUUUCUUGAAAUGUAAGCUCCCUGAGGGUAAGGGCUUUGUCUAUUUUGUUCGCACAUCAUAAGUACAUGACACAUUGUAAGCACUUAAUAUUUGUUGUUUAGUGAAUAAGAAAAACAAUCAGAAGAAAAAUAAGCAAACAAUAAAAUACAGAUAAAACUACACCUGAUGUCCGUUUUCACCAGAUUACCAAAGAUCAAAUAAUAUAUAAUGUUGGUGAAGAUGUGGGAAAAUAGGCAGUCUUAUACACUGCUAAUUAAAGUAUAU